AUGGAUAAGUAUCAGAAAAAAACACGAACAAUGUCCAAUUUAACACAAAUUGCAGUCUCACUUCAACGAGUUAUCCUACCAAUCAAUGCCCUUCUUGGUAUCAUCGGUAACUCCCUCAAUAUUGCUGUACUCACUCGACGCUCUUUAUUUUAUCAUGCUUGUUCUCGGUAUUUUCUUGCACUUGCUGGUAACAAUCUAUUUUAUUCAACUAUUAUGAUAACUCAACGCUUAUUGUCUAAUGGAUAUCAAAUUAAUAUAACCACUAAUUCAAUCAUCGCAUGUAAGAUUGUUACUUAUAUUAGUACUUUGUCUAGUUUCCUGGCAACGUACUUCAUUAUACUGGCUUCUAUCGAUCGAUGCUGUGCCAGUUCACACAAUGCCCAAAUACGCAAGUUUAGUAAUGUCCGAGUAGCUCAUUGGAUGAUUCUUCUUGUUGUUGGUGUACUUGCAUUAUUUUUUAUUCAUAUCUUAAUUAUAUGUAAGUUAGAUCCUGGAAAAGGCUUUGCAUGUGUUACACAAGCCGAUACAACCUAUUUUCAAGUAUACAUCAUCAUACAAGUUCUUCUCUUUGCUGUUGUUCCACCUAGUCUUAUGAUGAUUUGUGGCAUUAUUACCAUAAAAAAUAUGAAGCGUUCACGUGUAGUUCCAAUAAGCAUUUCACGUUUUAAUCGUACUGAAAAUCAACUAGGUCAAAUGCUUUUCUUUCAAGUUGGUGCACAUAUUUUGCUCACUCUACCAACAAGUGUUAGUUAUCUUAUAAGCACCUUACCUAAUCCAACUCGUAGUACAUCUACCUAUGCUUUUGCAGCUGUAAUUUGUCAAAUGUUCUUCACUUUUUCAAUUGGUAUGCCAUUUUUUUCAUAUAUUCUAUCUAGUCGUGUGUAUAGAAAACAACUUAAACGAUUAAUCUACAAAAUAUUUCGAAAACGUGUUGACAAUCAAGAAGAUCCUUCAGCAAAUCAAAAUACUAUUCAUCAUGGUACAGCGGUGGCCAAGCCAUAA